AUGAAACCAAAUGCUGCUUCCACCGAACGCCCUUCUCGCGAGUUUGGAGGUGCCAAGGGUGUCGUGGCCAUGAUGACUGGCUUUCCUUCGAUUAUGUAUUAUUUAUGGGCAAGUGCAAAGUACAACGAUGGUCAAUUUCUUCAACCUACCUCUUACACACUUAGCGGUGUUUGCGAGUUUUUCCGUACUUUUGGCAACUACAUUGCUAUUGGCGCCUAUCCCAGCAAAUAUGCCGUUGCUAUUUUUUGGACGUAUGUCAUUACCCAAGGCAUCUUUUACGUGACGCUUCCCGGUAUCCGCACUCGCGGUCUUCCUUUAAAACAUCGAAACAAUACUUCUCUCCCGUAUCUAUGUAAUGCUGUCUGGUCUUUCUAUACUUCCAUGAUCGUCUUGGCUGUCCUUCAUGUCUCCAACGUCUUUCGCAUCACGACUCUCUUGGACCAAUUUGGCCCUCUUAUGAGUGUCGCCAUCAUCAGUUCCUUCAUCAUUACCUUUGUCCUCUACGUUGGCUCUGUUUUGUUUGGUGAGAAGCUCUUUGACAAACCACAUGCUUUGUCUGGAAACCUCAUAUACGAUUAUUUUAUGGGUGCUAGCCUUAAUCCUCGUGUUGGUAAGCUCUUGGACUUGAAGAUGUUUUUCGAGGUUCGCAUUCCUUGGUUCAUCCUUUUCUUCCUUUCCGUCGCUGCUGCUGUUCGUCAAUUUGAAAACUACGGCUAUGUUAGUCCCCAAGUUCUUUUUGUUUGUCUUGCCCAUUACUUGUAUGCCAACGGCUGCGCCAAGGGUGAAGAGCUCAUCGUUCCUACUUGGGACAUGGCCUAUGAGAAAUUCGGUUUCAUGCUCGUUUUCUGGAAUAUGGCUGGCGUUCCCUUUACUUAUAGUCACUGUACUCUCUUUUUGUCUGCCCGUAAUCCCAAGCAAUACGAAUGGUCUUCCUCAUACAACAUUGCCCUUUAUGCUUUGUUGAUUUGCUGCUACUAUGUGUUUGAUACUUGCAACAGCCAAAAGAACCGUUUCCGUAACCAAAUUUACGGUUUGACAACCACUCGCAAAUCGUUUCCACAACUCCCUUGGCAGACCAUCAAAAACCCCACCUUCAUCCGUUGUGCAAAUGGUGGUACUCUAUUAACCUCCGGCUGGUAUCGUUAUGCUCGUAAAAUCCAUUAUACCGUUGACUUUUUCCAGUCGCUUUCUUGGGCUUUAAUUACCGGGUUUUCUUCACCCCUUCCUUACUUUUACCCUUGUUUCUUUAUGAUUGUUUUGAUUCAUCGCGUUAGCCGCGACAUAAACAAGUGUAAAGCCAAGUAUGGUGCUGAUUUUGAUGAAUACUGCCGUAUUUGCCCUUAUCUUUUCAUUCCCUACGUGUUUUAA